CUGCUUCGCAAAGUGGAGGGGAUUAUCGACGAGGCGCCUCCUGAAAAGGGGCCGCGGCGGUUCGGGAAUGUGAGUUUUCGAAGGUGGCACGAGAUACUGAAGGGGAGGGUGCGAGGGUUCUUAAGGGAGUAUUUACCUAGGAGUUUGUGGGAGGCGUGGGGCGGGCUAAAGGAAAAGGAGGAGGAGGACGCUGGGUUGAUAGCGGAGGUGGAGGGGUAUUUUAUGGGGUCGUGGGGAAGUAAGGAGAGGUUGGAUUAUGGGACGGGGCAUGAAUUGAGCUUUCUAGCGUUUCUGGGGUGUUUAUGGAAGUUGGGGGCUUUCUAUGAAGGAAUAGAGGGAGACGGGGAAGGGGAGGUGGAGAGGAGUUUGGUGUUGGGACUUUUUCAACCAUACCUCAAGGUUGUCAGACGGCUGAUUCUGACGUACAACCUCGAGCCGGCCGGUUCGCACGGGGUAUGGGGCCUCGACGACCACUCGUUUCUGCCGUACAUCUUUGGCUCGGCACAGCUCACCCGACCCAUCACCGAGUCCGAGCCCAUGCCGUUAGAGGGCUCGGCUCCGUGUGCCCCGCGGCCCUCCGACGUGGUCAAGCCCGCCACCGUCGACCUCUACCGCGAGUCCAACAUGUACUUCUCGGCCAUCGGUUUCAUCAAUGACGUCAAGAAGGGCCCCUUCUGGGAGCACAGCCCGAUCCUGUUCGACAUCUCGGGAAUCAAGGACGGCUGGGGCAAGAUCAACAAGGGAAUGAUCAAGAUGUUCAACGCUGAGGUACUCUCCAAGUUCCCCGUGGUGCAACACUUUCCCUUUGGCUCGCUCUUCUUGUGGGACGAAGAUCCGGAGGCGGUAAAAGUGACGCAGUCUGUCCACCUGGCGAGUCAUGGGCCGGCGACAGAGAACGCACCUUCCGCCGGCGCGGGUUCAGGGACCGCCGCACCGUGGGCGCAAGCCACCAAAAUGCCUGGCGUCGCGGCCGGUGUACCAUCAGCGCCGGGAAUCCCGUACUCGAGGGCGCCGUUGAUUGGCGUGGGCAGUUCUGCGCCGACGAAGCCGAGGGGAGGAGGCCCAGACACUGGACCGCCUCCGCCGACAUCUUUCCCGCGAGGCCAACCAGGGACGGCGAGCAACCAGUUUUCUGUGACCAAGGCGCCGUGGGCGAAGUAG